GGGCCGGCUGGGAAGGCGGACUCUGCGUGCGAGCGGCGCUAGCGGCCCGGGGCUCCCGGGGGUGCGUCACGCAGGGCCGUCCUGGGCCAUGCUUCUGUUCUGCCCGAGCUGCGGGAACGGGCUGAUCGUGGAGGAGGGUCAGCGCUGCCACCGCUUCGCCUGCAACACCUGCCCCUACGUGCACAACGUCACUCGCAAGGUGACAAACCGGAAGUAUCCAAAGCUGAAGGAAGUGGAUGAUGUGCUUGGGGGUGCAGCUGCCUGGGAGAACGUGGACUCCACUGCAGAGCCGUGCCCCAAAUGUGAGCACCCUCGUGCCUACUUCAUGCAGCUUCAGACCCGCUCUGCGGAUGAGCCGAUGACCACCUUCUACAAGUGCUGCAGCCCUCAGUGUGGACACCGCUGGAGGGACUAGGCCAGGCUGGAGCACCCUGCUGGGGUGUGGGAGUGUUUUUAGGGUAUUUGCUGGUAUAGGGGAAAGGAACCCUUUUGGCGUAGAAGGCCAGUGUGUCAGUCUAAUCCUCUCUCUCUCUUUCUCUGGUGAGAGCACAUGCCCUGUAGAAAAUAAUAAUGGUGGGGUCCAGCAGGUGGUGUGGCAGUUAAGGGUGCUGGACUCUCACAUGGCUGACUGCAGUU